AUGACUGAAAAUUCUUCUAGUGAAAGCAUUGAUGCGGAUAGUUGGGUUGAGGAUGGAAUUGUCAACCAUAAUAUCAUUUAUCAUGAUUACGAAGAAUUUCAACGUAUUCAACGCAUAGAUACUAUAGAUACUGUAGAAUCAAGUAACGUGUACAAAGCAAAUUGGAAGAGUACAAACAACAUUGUUACAUUAAAAUCUUUUGGGGCAAAUAAUUGCAUUACGAAAAAUUUUGUUAAUGAGUUACAUUUAUUACAUCAAGUUAAUUCUCACGAGAAUAUCAUUCGAUUCUUCGGCAUUACCAAUAGAACAAAUUCAAAUUACUUGGCCAUUUUCGAAUAUACCGAUAGUGGCACGUUAAGCGAUUAUUUGAAAGAAAAUUUCAAAAAAUUGGAUUGGAAAGUUAAAUUACAAUUCGCCACACAAAUCGUCAGCGCGGUUUCAUUCUUACAUCAAGAAGACAUUAUUCAUCGUGACCUGAAUUCGAAGAGCAUCUUGAUUCAUCAAAAUGUAAUCAAAUUGGCGAAUUUCGGUCUUUCGCGUAAAUUGUCAGAGAUGACAUCAGAUCCCGUGAUGGCCAUUUUCGAAACGUUGUCUGACCUUUCACCGGAUCCCGGAACUUUGGCUUAUAUCGAUCCACAAUACUUCAGAAAGCAAGCGUUUGCUGAUGGCAAAUUUCAAUAUGAAAUUAUCAAGAAAUCCGACGUAUACAGCGUUGGUGUACUCUUAUGGGAAAUCUCAUCCGGACGACCACCAUUUGAAACUUAUAAUAAGGAUGCAGAAAAUCCGAACGAUAGACCGAAUAUACAACAGGUCUUUACCGAAUUGAAGCAAAUUAAUUUGAAUGAGAAAUGGGAGAAAUUAAUGAAAGAAUUGGAUCAAAUGCAAUUGGAUGAAGGUACAACAACGGUUAUAAACUCAAAUGAUAAUGAUUUGAUUCAUAAUGAGUUGUUAUCAUUACUUGACAAAGCCGAACAAAAAGAAAUGAAGAGUGGAGAAAUCAGGAAUGAAGAAACGAAUAAUGAUUAUGUUCAAUCCAUUAAACAGCUUAUAAUUUUGAAUAACAAAAAUGAAGGUGAAACGUUCAACUAUUUGUUGGAAAAUGAAGAUAGGCCGAAGAAUGUCAUUUCUUUGGCUAUUUGUUAUCAAUUUGCGAUUGGGACCGAAAGAAAUAAAGUUAGAGCAUUCAAAUUGUAUAAAGAAUUGGCUGAAAGAGAAUAUAUUAUUGCGAUAUACUUGCUUGGAUUAUGUUAUGAACAUGGAACAGGUAUUAAAAAGAAUGAAAUGCAAGCAUUUAGAUUAUAUAGAAAAGCAUCCAAGAAAGGUUGUGUUAUCGCGACAUAUAGACUUGCCACGCUUUAUGAGGAGGGAAUUGGAAUCGGAAAAGAUCAGACCAAAGCAUUUGAAUUAUAUCGAGAAGCAGCCGCAAAAGAUCACGUUGAUGCAAUAUAUAAGCUCGGAAUAUGUUUUGAAUAUGGCAAAGGAACAAAAAAAAGUGAUAUCCAAGCGUUCAAAUUCUACGUUAAAGCAACCAGAAAAGGUCAUAUACCAGCAAUGUACAAUCUCGGUUUAUGCUUUGAGUACGGAACGGGAACAGAAAUAAAUGAAAGUAAUGCGUUUGAAUUAUAUAAAAAAGUGGCCGAACUGGAUCAUGUUCCCGCAAUCUACUGGCUCGGGGUAUGUUUUGAAAAUGGAAAAGGUAUUGAGAAAAAUGAAACUAUAGCAUUUAUAUUAUAUCAUAAAGCAGCCGGAAUGGGUUACAUUAUUGCGAUGAACAAACUUGGAAUCUUUUAUCAAGAAGGGAUCGGAAUUGCCAAAAAUGAAAAUGAAGCCUUUAAAUCAUAUGAAUUGGCGGCGAAAAAAGAUCACGUUCCUGCAAUAUAUAACCUUGGAUUAUGUUAUGAAAAUGGAAUAAAGGUGGAUGAGUUUGAAGCCUUUGAAUUGUACGAACAAGCGGCUGAGAAGGGUCAUGUUCUCGCAAAAUAUCAACUUGGGUUAUGUUAUGAAUAUGAAAUAGGUACAGAAAAAAAUCAAGAAUAUCAAAGGAUAGCUCAAGGAAGUUGUGACUUGAUAUAUUACCUUGGAAAUUAUUAUCAACGGGAAACGAGAACUAAACAUGAAAUUAAGGCAUUGGAAUUGUAUAAAGAAGCUGCUAUUGAUGGUCAUAUACCUGCAAUAUAUCAACUUGGAUUAUGCAAUGAGAAUGGUAUAGGCACAGAAAAAAAUGAAAAGAAAGCGUUUAAGUUAUAUACAGAAGCGGCAAAAGCAGAUCAUGUAUCGGCAAUACAUAAACUUGGGUUACUUUAUGAAAGCGGAAUUGGAACCAAAUCAGAUAAAUUUCAAGCACUUUAUUUAUAUAGAUUAGCGGCUAAGAAAGAUUAUGCUCCUGCAAUAUACAGUCUUGGUUUAUGUUAUGAGUUUGGAAUUGGAACGGAAAAAAAUGAGAUCGAAGCAUUUAAAACAUAUAAAGUAGCAGCUAAAAAUGGAAAUGUUACUUCAAGAUAUAAACUUGGAUUUUGUUAUGAAUAUGGAAUAGGAACGAGACAAAGUGAAACCAAAGCAUUUGAAUCAUAUAGAGAAGCAGCUAUUAAAGGUCAUACCGACUCUAUAUAUUAUCUUGGAAAAUGUUAUCAACAUGAAAUAGGUACCGAACAGAACGAAACAAAAGCUUUGGAAAUAUAUAAAGAAGCGGCUAGAAAAGGUCAUACUGAUUCAAUCUAUUGUCUUGGAAUAUGUCAUCAGUAUGGAAUUGGAACGAAAAAGAAUGAAAAGAAAGCAUUUGAAUUAUACAAAGCAGCGGCUAAAAAUAAUCACGUACUUGCAAUAUCUCAGCUUGGAUUAUGCUAUGAAAAGGGACUUGGAACUAAUAAGAAUAUGGUUAAAGCGUCUGAAAUGUAUAAAGAGUCUACAAGAUAUAAUAACUUAACAAAGAAAUAUACAAUUUGA